AUGCCUCAGCCUCCUAUUAUGGGAGAUAUUCCUGCUGUAAGACUUUCUCAAGUAAAACCUUUCUCUGAAGUUGGAUGCGACUAUGGUGGUCCAUUCUCUUUAUUAAGAUAUCGUGCACGAGGUGCUAAGUCCUGUAAAGCCUAUAUUUGCUUAUUUGUGUGCAUGGCCACGAAAGCUUUGCACUUAGAACUGGUUUCCGACCUUUCCUCCGAGACUUUUCUGGGUGCACUGCGUCGAUUCAUUUCUCGUAGAGGUCGCUGCAAUCAUAUUUAUUCCGAUUGUGGAACGAACUUUGUCGGAGCUUCUAGAGAACUGAUUAAUAUGCUAAAAUCCGCCGCUGAGCAAGAACAAAUUUCUUGGCACUUCAAUCCUCCAAGCGCGCCUCAUUUUGGUGGCCUGUGGGAAGCAGGAAUAAAGUCUGUAAAAACUCACAUUAAAAGGGUCAUUGGUGAUCAAUUGCUCACGUAUGAGGAAUUUUAUACGCUACUGGUUCAAAUAGAAGCAGUGCUUAAUUCUCGUCCAUUGUGUCCACAAAGCUCUGAUCCUAAUGAUUUGUCAGUUCUUACUCCAGGACAUUUUUUAACCCUAGAGCUCGUUAAACGCCCCUCCGGAAGAUGA